AGGCUUGUAGGUGGGUGAAGCCGGAAGAGGAAACCCAGUGAAUUUCCCACCAGGCGAGAUGAGUGGUUUCGGGAAGCUGUUUGGGAAAGGGAAGAAGGCCAAGGCCCCCACCCCGCAGGAGGCCAUCCAGAAGCUGCACGAGACAGAAACCAUCCUGGUCAAGAAGCAAGAAUUCCUGGAAGAGAAGAUCCAGCAGGAACUGCAGUCGGCUAAGAAACAUGGCACAAAGAACAAAAGAGCUGCUUUGCAAGCUCUCAAGAGGAAGAAACGCUAUGAGCAACAGCUGGCCCAAAUCGACGGGACCCUGUCCACCAUCGAAUUCCAACGCGAGGCCCUCGAAAACGCCACCACCAACACCGAAGUGCUCAAGACCAUGUCGGACGCGGCUCGGGCCAUGAAAGAGGCUCACCAGCAUAUGGACAUUGACAAAGUGGACGACUUAAUGGCCGAAAUCACCGAACAGCAGGACAUCGCCCAACAGAUCUCGGAUGCCAUAUCUAAGCCGGUCGGCUUCGGGGAUGAUGUGGAUGAGGAUGAGCUGCUGGCUGAACUGGAAGAGAUGGAACAAGAAGAUCUGGACAAGGAACUUCUGAAUGUUGGGCAGGCCAGUCCGGAGCUCCCCAAUGUCCCCUCUUCUCGCCUCCCCAAUGUGCCAGCUUCCAAAGUGCCCUCGGCCUCCCUGGAUGAGGAAGACGAGGAAAUGAAACAGCUUGCCGCCUGGGUGUCAGGUAUUCAGCUGCUUUUCUCCGCAUGUUUAGACGGCUUGAUCUGCCCCGUGCUCCGAGUCCGGCUGGCUGGUUUUUUUUUGUCUGGCGAAAAUGUGAGAGACUUAGAUUUGGUGUUGGGCGUAAGGGUGCUCUUGCCGGCGUCCGGCGUCCGGGGUCCGCAGAUGGCCUCCAGGGCUUUCAAUUCGGAGGUGGGCUUCUCCGCCAAGAACUUCAGCACCCAAGAGACUUUCAGGAUCUCCAAGAUGUUCAGACGUUUCGAGGCCGGGCGCAGGAUGCGACGGAUCAAGUCCUGGAAGGAGAUAGAUUUCCACGCUGAAGGCCCCCGUUGUGUGCCAUACUGGUCCAUCACCGAGACGUACGGUGUGGAGGUCGAGUGUUCCACCAUGGCGGAAAGCUUCUCCGCUGGGGAGAUUUCCUUCCGGGAAUUGGGACGCCGCCUCCCGCUUCCCCCAACCCGGAACUGCGUCCUGGUGUGGGCAGCGAAGGCCCCCCGCGACCCGCUGAGGGCGGAAGCGACCAACAGACGUGGCCGAGGCCUUCCCAGCGAUCGCCUGAAGGACCUCGACGGCUUGGAAAGCCGCGGCUCCGCAAUUAAGCCCUCCUUCGCUCUUCAGGACCGCGGGCGAAAGAGACUGCGGGAAGCUCAGGCAGCGCUCGGGGCAGCCCUUACAGCUCUUACCCCUCUACCCUUUUUAUCCCAACUCCUCCUCCCCAGCAUGGCUCCCUAUCCUUUCCUUGCCCUCCUCGUCUCCUUCCAUUUCUUAGCCGUGGCCCCUUCCGAGACGCACUAUCAGGAGGGAGCGAAAGUCAUGCUUUACGUCAAUAAAGUGGGACCUUACCACAACCCCCAAGAGACCUACCAUUACUACCAGCUGCCGGUUUGCUCGCCAACUCCCAUCCGCCACAAAAGCCUGACCUUGGGGGAAGUUUUGGACGGGGACCGCAUGGCCGAAUCCAUGUACGAGAUCCACUUCCGACAAAACGUGGAGAAGAAGAUCCUCUGCCAGAAGAAGCUCUCCCUGGAUGAGGUAGAGCGCCUCCGCCAGGCCAUCGAGGAACUCUACUACUUCGAAUUUGUGGUGGACGACUUACCGCUCCGCGGCUUUGUGGGCUACAUGGAGGAGAGUGGCUUCCUGCCCCACACCCACAAGAUCGGGCUCUGGACCCACUUGGACUUCUACCUGGAGUGGAACGGCGACCGCAUCAUCUACGCCAACGUCAGCGUCCGCAAUGUGAAGCCCACCAGUUUGGAUGACAUCCAAGGCGUGAUGCCCGUCGCUUACACCUACAGCGUCCAUUGGUCAGAGACCAGCGCGGAGCGCCAAGGGGAACGCCGGGGAAGUCACAGCGGGGACGAUGGCUUCUUCCCUCACACCUUGGAGAUCCACUGGCUCUCCAUCAUCAAUUCCAUGGUGCUGGUGUUUCUGCUGGUGGGCUUCGUGGUCGUCAUCCUCAUGCGGGUUCUCAAGAACGACCUGGCCCGCUACAACCUGGACGAGGAGGCCUCUUCGUCCUCCUCAGGAGAUGACUUUGACCAAGGGGACAAUGGGUGGAAGAUCAUCCACACGGACGUCUUCAGGUUCCCACCCUACCGCAGCCUCCUCUGCGCUGUGUUGGGCGUGGGCAGCCAGUUCCUGGCCUUGGGCACCGGCAUCAUUGUGAUGGCCCUGCUAGGCAUGUUCAACGUCCACCGACACGGGGCCAUCAACUCUGCUGCCAUUCUCCUCUACGCCCUGACUUGCUGCAUCUCCGGUUAUGUGUCCAGCAACUUUUAUCGCCAGAUCGGUGGCGAGCGAUGGGUCUGGAAUAUACUGCUGACCACCAGCCUUUUCUCCACUCCCUUCUUCCUGACCUGGAGCGUCGUGAACUCCGUGCAUUGGGCAAAUGGCUCCACCCAGGCCCUGCCGGUCAGCACCAUCUUCCUGCUGCUGACCGUCUGGCUGCUGGUGGGCUUCCCGCUGACGGUCAUCGGUGGCAUCUUUGGCAAGAAUCGGGCCACGCCCUUCGAUGCCCCCUGUCGCACCAAGAACAUCGCCCGGGAAAUCCCUCCCCAGCCCUGGUACAAGUCCACAGUGGUGCAUAUGACCAUCGGAGGGUUUCUUCCCUUCAGUGCGAUUUCGGUGGAACUCUACUACAUCUUCGCCACCGUCUGGGGCCGGGAGCAGUAUACCCUGUACGGCAUCCUCUUCUUUGUCUUUGCCAUCCUGCUGAGUGUCGGGGCCUGCAUCUCCAUCGCCCUCACCUACUUCCAGCUCUCAGGCGAGGACUACCGCUGGUGGUGGCGCUCCAUCUUGAGUGCGGGCUCCACCGGCCUCUUCAUCUUCCUCUACUCCGUCUUCUACUACACCCGCCGCUCCAACAUGUCCGGCAUGGUGCAGACGGUAGAGUUUUUCGGCUACUCGCUGCUGACGGGCUUCGUUUUCUUCCUCAUGCUGGGCACCAUCUCCUUCUUCGCUUCUCUGAAGUUCAUCCGUUAUAUCUACGUCAACCUGAAGAUGGACUGAGCAGCCGCGCUCCGUGGCUCCUCGUGGCUCGGGUGGAUGUGAUCGCGCCACAGUCCCCACACUUUUCCAGCUGGCAUCUCCACCGAGCUCCGGAAAAAAAACAACCCAAACACAUAGGCUAUUUAUGAUUCGUUCCUUUCUCGGCUGACAUUUGGGGGGGGGCGUCCCCGCUUUCUGUUGUGGCCCUCGGUCAGUGGCCGCCAAAACGGGACAGGCAGCAACAGCCUUACUUUCUCUCCUGCUGGUCAGGACAAGUCGCCAAUCGGCGAUCCUCCGAGAAGUCUAGCCAAUCAAAUAACCUUCCGCUACCAGAUUCCCCCGUUAACCUUUUUAAAGUGAAAACUGCCUUCUUGCAUUGAAUUGAAUCGUUGAUUCCCCCCCCGCCCCCCGGCAAUUGGUAGAAAUGGAAAUAUUUCGAGAUAUUUCAUUUUUUCCCGGCUGACUAUCUGACCAGCUCAACGGAUAGAAGCCACAACUGGUUCACACACACAUCCCUAGAUAUUUUUAUUAUUAUUUUUCCCUGCUGACUGAAUGAUCAAUUGGAUAGAAACUACAUUUAGUUCAACACCUAUUCCUAGAUAUUUUAAUUAUUCUUCCCCGUUGAUUAUCAGAUAAAAACUACCUUUUGUUCAAUACACAUUUCUAAAUAUUUUAUUAUUUUCCCCCCUGUUGACUGUAUCAUCAGUUCAACGGAUAGAAGCUACAGGUGAUUCGAUACACAUUUCUAGAUAUUUUACUUUUUUUUUUUCCUGUUGAUUAUUCAACGGAUGGGAGCUACAACUGGUUCACGCACUUAUUUCUAAGUUUUUUUUUUUUUUUUCAUUUCCCCCCCCAUUAUCUAAUGAGUUCAAUGGAUAAAAGCUACAUUUGGUUCAACACAUAUAUCCCUAGAUUUUAUAAUUUUUUUCACUGCUGAUUAUCUGAUCAUUUCGUCCGGUACACAUUUCUAAAUAUUUUCUAAAUUUAGAAUAUUUCUAAAUUAUUCCUUUCCCUGAUGAUUGUAUCAUCAGUUCAACAGAUAGGCUGCAAUAGGUUCAACCCACAUUUCUAGAUAUUUUAUUUAUGUUUUCCUUGUUGAUUUUAUAAUCAGUUCAACAGGUAAAAACCUACAUUCAGUUCAACACACAUUCUUUCUUUCUAAUGCAUUCCCUCUCUUCCCAGACCAUUCAGAAAAUGUGAAAAUGUUUUUAUUUCAUUUUCCCCCUUUUUUUCAGAGUUCUUGUUCGGUUUCAGGUAGAGAUCCCAGCCAACCAUAAACAGGCAUUUUCAAACCUGACCUGGCAUAGAGAGGGAAGGAUCAAUAGGCUGAUCUCAAACAGGUCAAACUAGAUCCCAAUAGCCAAGCAACAGGUUUGAAGUGCGGGAUUCAGGAGAAUUUGGGGCAGUUCUAACCCUUAGGGGAGUUUUUCCAGGCUGGUAUCGUCCAGAAUAUUUCAAGUUUCAUACCAUUUAGGAUGGAUGGGAAUUGUAGUCGGAGAACAACAGAGAUUUCCUUCCACCAGGUACUGUUUUGGCAAACAGAAAUAAAAACAACUGUCUCACAUCAGAGAAAGUUGGGAGCUUCCAUAAAAAUUGGAAACUGCAUCCAAAUUGUAAUUAUCUAAUGACUCCUACCAGUCUCAUCGGUGACCCUUAAUAAAUAAAUAAUAAAUAAAUAAAACCAUUUAUUCCAUGCAACUUUUGAAGGAUCACCGAUGAGACCGGUAGAAGUAAUCGGAUAAUUAUCUUCAGGGAUCUAUACAAAGGACUUGAGGCAAUAUUUUUCAAAUUUGGCAACAGUAAGACGUGUGGGACUUCAACUCCCAGAAUUCCCCAGCCUGCUUGCUGCCUGGGGAAUUCUGGGAAUUGAAGUCCACACAUCUUACCGUUCCCAAGUUUGGAAAAAACUAGUGGAUUUCUGCUGUUGAAUGUGAUCCCCUGGUAAAUUAUCUAAUUUGUCCUCAAUCCAGAAAAUCUUUGUCCCGCCAAGCUGUUUUCCUUCCUCUACCUCCCCUCCUUUGUACAAUAGUCACCAGUCCCAGCACAGGUGAGAGAAAUCCUCCUGUCUCUUCCCCACCUAGUUGAAGAAAAUAUAUAUUAUAUUAAGGAAAAAAAAGUAUAUAUAAGGAAUUAUGUAUAUUAGCAAGGGUCGAAGUUGGAUUAUUUUUUAAUUUGACGUCUCGGUUUUGAGUUUCUUUUUACAGAUUCUUGAAGUUCAAUUUUAUUAAUAAAAAGGAAAUG